GGUUUCCCAAAAAGCUUGCGAGUUAUCUGUCACGCGGAAGCGGGCAAAGGUGCGCCCACCGCUGCUCGAGACUUGUCACAGUCCAAGGGCAAGGGCUGAUGCCUUUGAGAGUGGUACCAGUUUUUCCCGCCCCGAACCACCCGCCAUGGCCAGCAAAUAUUUGAUCUUUGCAGAAUAUAUGGACAUACAACGAUGAUCCAGGUGUAAAGUUGUAAUCACAAAGCGUAGCGAUAGUUCUCCGUAAGCGACCCGACUUGGACCACAAGGCACGCGAAAGCGGUUCACAAGCUCAGCGCUCGCCGCUCUAUACAGGCUGUCGCGCCUGGACAGUAGUGGCAACCGCUUCCGUGCUGCGGUGUGCGCAAUUGCGCCCCGUUGCCCGCUUUACGCGACUGUGUUUAUUAGGAUUAUCAGCUUCUGCUUAUGGGGAAAUUUUAAUUUUGAUUUUUUGCUGCUUUGGUUUUUGUCAACUUUGUGACUUCGAAGCUUUCGUUAGGUCUGACGUUGGGUUGGAAUUUUGUGGCAAAUAAUAUUUGAGUAAGUAAAUGUCUUUCACGCCUGUUGAACCCCCUUGAUCGUUGUUCUUCUUGAAAUAUCCCGUUUACCCUGCAUCCAGUCCGUGGUACUGCAUUUCUGACUGGGGAAAACAUCCAACUGUGCCACGAUGCGCUCUCGGCCGCUGUGUGAGCCGAUCUCUCGGAUUUAUUGCGACGAUUGUGGGACGUUUCUGGAGGAGCCGUGCUUGCAGCAUGCUAAAUCAGUCACGGAUAAACCCGUCAUUCCUUACGCUGUAGCCAGCCUUCCGGACGUUCUGUAUUUGGACUGCCCGGAUUUAGCGUGGUCGUCUCCUUCGCUCGACGAGAAAGUCGUGUUCGCCCGAUCACCUCUUGCCUCCAACACAAUUUUCGGUCCGCUGGUGGGAUCCUUAUCCGACACGAAACCAGCGCAGUUCGACUUUGUAUGUGGAAGUGCCGGGAAAAGUUCGAUUCGUUAUUUCCAGCUGGAGAGCCACGACACGUCGAAUUGGAUGAAAUUCGUCCGGUUUGCAGCCACUCCCGAGGAACAAAAUGUGGCCGUUUACGAGGCCGAAAGGAGCGAUCAGGCUGCCAACUGUGCCAGCAGCGUAAUCUUCGUCACAACGAGAGCCAUUGCUGAACAUGAGGAAUUGAAAAUCGGAUAUUCGGUUGAUUAUGCCAGAAUUAUCGAAGAUUUAAGCGGGAAAUGCGUUUAUAAAAAAAGGCCUGGAACUGUAGAAUACGUCGUACGACAAUCUGCGCAGACUUUCCGAAAAGCUCCAGCAUCAGCGGGGAAGAAUGUUGUGGCUGCUGCAAAAUCUUCCACACGAGAGGUGUUUUCUGUGCCCCCCGCGAAGCGGCCUCGACUGCGGCGGUCAGACCACCGCACAGCCGACCCACCGGAUAAUGCAAUGGAUUUAUUGCCAUCCUCAGCGCCCAUCGACGACGGCCUUCCCAGCGACUUCCAGAUUCCCCCAGAGCUUCCGGUUGCGGACGCCGCCGAUGGUGAUGAUCGUGAGGAUUCCGUGGAAAGCGAUCCGUUGUGGGCGCCCAGCGACGAGUCCAACGCAUCGGAGACAAGUGACGAAGAGGAAGAAGAAAAGCCCAAAACAAAAACUCCCGCAAAACCUCGCAAAAACGGCUACGCGGAGAAAAUCGCCAAGCUUCAAACGAGUUAUCAGGUUCAAGAGACAAGCACAUUGUCCAGUACCUCCAUCAAACCUCGAUACCGCUCCAACGGCUACGACGAGAAGAUCGCCAAGCUGAAGCAAGCGGCCGCCGACAGUGAAGCAUCCAGUUCCGGGAACGUCUUGGUGUUGUCGAAAUCCCAGCUGCCCUUCGACACCGGACAUGGAACAGUCCUGAACCUGUUGCCGAGCUCCGGCAACGGGUUGCUGGAUGCGGUGAUGGCGCCCUCCCUGUUCGUCAAUCCCCCUGCGGAGGAAGCAGCGGAGACCGCGAAACCGAAGGUGCCGCGCAAACCGGGGCGGCCGCCACGGAAUGAACCGCGCCCGCCCGUGGAUGACAACUGCCGGGUGUGUGGAGAGAAACUCCUCUCCGGAUCGCGGAUCUCCCAUAUGUGGAAUCAGCAUCCGGAGUAUGUGCAGGUGUACUGGAAGUUUGAAUGUCCGGAGUGCUUGAAACGACUACCGACCGGGUCGAUGCUGAAACAGCAUGUGCAGAAUUACCACGCGAACCAACUACGGACGGUAAGCGAGGCCGACCGGACAUCCGCCCUAGAGUACAUGCAGCGGAUGAAUCGUUACCACUGCUUUUGCGAUACGUGCGGUGUGCGGUAUCCCACGGUCGCGCUUCUGGAUCUGCAUUCCGCGUACUGUGAAGCCACUGACACCAACACCGAUAACGGGGAACGCCAGUGUCCCGCUUGUGAAUUUCUGGGGGACAGCGCCGAGACUCUCCUCGAGCAUUUGUCCGAGCACGCGAUCAGAGACGGGGAUCCGAAUCCAUGCCUGUUGUGUGGCUGUUCCGCAAAAUUUCCAGGCGCACACUUCCGUACCCGUCAUCCGGAAGAAUACGAGUUCAUCACCGCGGGCCUGCCCUUCGAAUGCGACCAGUGCGGGAAGCGGUAUCCCAACGCGGGCACCCUGGCGCACCACGCCGCCAGUCACAGCGGCGCGCAGUGGCAGUGUAUGUACUGCAUCCAGCACUUCCCCACGGCCAACGCCCUCUCCAAACACAAUGCCGCGGCGCACGUCGUGGACGGCCAGUAUCCCUGUCCGCGCUGCGACAAAGCGUACGAGACGUACAAACAGGUGCGCAAGCACUUCACCAACUACCACGAUCUGGCCAAAUCCCGCUACUGUCCGCUGUGCGAUAAGUUGUUCGACAGUUACGCCAUGCUCAGUUGUCAUAUGAGCAAGCAUCCAGCGAAGGAGCGGGGCGUGAGGCCAGUCACCCGAUUCCUGGGGAAGAAAAACGGGAAGGAAAAGCGGUGGAGUAAACUGGAUAAAGUGUUGUUGGCGGCUGAUGAUGAUAGUGACUGUGUGGAGCUGGAGCAGCCGGAAGCGAUGGAAAAUGAGAAAUUGGACACGGUACUGUCGUCGGCCGACUCGCAGCUGAAAAAGUUAGACAAGAUCCUGGCAGCGGAAGGUACGGGGAAGCCGGAUCCUAAGCGAGGAUCGAAAUUGGAUAAGCUACUUUCAGUUAAUUAAAGGUAAUAGGAGUUCUGUUUUCUAUUUCUGCAUCUUUGUUGAAUACAUCGCGUAUUACCUUAUUGUUAAAGCUCCUACUUUGUCUGUUCUUGAUAUGCGUGACUCAAGGCACCGGCAUGUUUGGAUUGAAUCAAAAACAAAAUGGUUAAGAUAAUGAUUUUUAUAGUUUCGACUUUUGUCAACGUAUGACAUUGUCUCGGCCGUUUUGUCUAAUGAUUAUCGAUUCUCAGCUAAUAUACAGAGUGGAAACCAGAU